CACGCAGGGCAGUUCGACUUCUGUUCUCUCCUGUUAAAAGUGGUCGUCAACCCUUCUGCCCAGCAAGAGCCAUGGCCCCCAAGGCAGCCAAGCGACGGACAGGAGCCUCCAGCACAGUCACCUCUAUCUUUGACCAGACUCAGAUUCAGGAGUUUAAGGAGGCCUUCACGGUCAUCGACCAGAACCGCGAUGGAUUAAUCACAAAGGACGACCUGCGGGACACCUUUGCGGCCAUGGGCUGCCUGAAUAUCAAGAGCGAGGAGCUGGACGCCAUGCUGAGGGAGUCCAACGGACCCAUCAACUUCACCACCUUCCUCACCAUGUUCGGGGAGAAGCUGAAGGGUGCGGACCCAGAGGACGUGAUCACCUCUGCCUUCAAGAUCCUGGACCCCGAGGGCAAAGGCACCAUCAAGAAGGAUUACCUGCAGGAGCUGCUGCAGACCCAGUGUGACCGCUUCUCGGACGAGGAGAUCAACAACCUAUGGGCUUCUUUCCCCCCUGAUAUCACUGGCAACGUCGACUACAGGAAUGUGAGCUAUAUCAUCACCCACGGUGAAGACAAGAGCGAAUGAGCACACUUCUUCCAAGGCAUUCUGAGGAACUGAAGCUGGGGACCUACUUUCUUUUUAGCUUAAUGGGAAUCUAGCAAUCUGUCAAUACCAAUCACAUUAAUUAUCUGCUACAUUGAUUUUCCUUAUGUUAAGAAUGAAUGUUACUGCCAGAUGUCAUCAUUUAAAACAUUUUCACUGCAAUUUGGGAAAUUGUGAAAUAUUACUUUAAAAAGCAAUAUUGCAAUCUCUAGAACAUGAAUUGCCUUUUUGAUGAUGCGGAAAUAAUUAAGGUUUAGCAGUAAAAAAUGAGAGCUCAACUGGAAUGAAAAUGAUAAAACAUUAAAGAUUUGAGGAUGGUGACUGUGAAGUCAUGCUCUUGUGGACUGAUUACAAUAUAACUACUAUAUACAUUUUAGAAAUCUGUGAAUUUGGCUUUGAGAACCUUAAUGGAUCCAUCGUAUUUACUGUUACACUGAGUUUGCGGAUUAGCAGUUAGAAAAAGAAGGGGCUGGCUGUGGCAACACUGUGCAAGUCAGGAGCUCGGAGUGAACUGGAAGGGUGGCCAUCUUGAAUAACUCUAGUCUACAGAUCCCUUGUAAAAUGUAUUAAAAGGCAGUGGAGCAAAGCAGCCUAAAUACAAAAUGUGGAGCUGGAGAUAAGCUUGAAAACUGCCUUUUAAGUGUGUCUCCCCCUCCAGGAGAAACAGGGAGACAGCUCUGUUGCUGUCUGUGCUGUACCUGUUCUUUUGAUUAACACUUCUGCUCAUUUUAAUGCCUUAAAAUGUAUUUAAAAAUCCUCCAAAAUCUGUUUCAGCACAAUAGGGAGAAUUGCUAUUACAAUAUGCAGCUGUUUUGUCCACCCUUCUGAUACUGUCAUAUCCUGUUUACAAGUAUUUGUAUUGCAUUUAAACUAAAAAAUACAGGAAACUGAGUGAUGCAUUUCUUUUCAGUGAGAAAGAACAAAAAUACUAUUUCUAGAAGGUUAAGAUGAAAACCAAAGAAUGUGAUUUUCUAAACAAUGUAGUCUGUAAUUAGUCUUUACAUGUGGACUGUAAUGUCUCAAUAAAACGAUAAAUCCCA